CAGCCACUUCCUUGUACACCUGCGUGCGUUACUGUACGAGUACGGCGGCAGCGCUUCGUUCUGCUCGCGCUCUUGCACUGUCAUUGCCGCAUUGCCGUACGGUGCGCGCGGUCGCGUGCUGCGUCAUUACGUCACGCGUUUUCGGAAAACUUUGAUCUGGCUUUUCUGCCGUGCUCGCGGUGUGCGUACGUGAGAGCGACACUCAGCUGAUUAAAACCCCGCUUCGCUCUGGUUCGCUUGCCCAGGAGCCCCGGAGGAUCGCCGUGCAGGCUGAGCUGCGCGUCACCUAGGAAACGAGCGUGAGCGUCUGAGUGUUCGCGCCCCGCCAUCAUCAUGUCCCGGUACGUGGCGGCCCUCGUCGCGGUGGCCCUGGCCGCUCUCUCCGUGUCCUGGGACCUGGACGAAAUUCUUGGAAACGUGGCCUCUCUGCUGCUGUCCUUCGGCUCGACCAGCGCUCCGCCGCGCCUGAUGUCGGAGGACGAGCUGCGCCGGUACCGCGGCGAGCCGGGCAGCCCCGGCCUCUACCUGUCGCUGCUCGGACACGUGUUCGAUGUGAGCAAAGGCCAGAAGCACUACGGACCCGGCGGGGGGUACCACUUCUUCGCAGGGAGAGAUGCCUCCCGAGCGUUUGUCAGCGGGGACUUCACAGAAACAGGCCUGACAGAUGAUGUUUCGGAUCUGUCCCCUGCGGAGGUGGUGACCCUUUAUGACUGGCUUGCCUUCUAUCAGAGGGAUUACAAACCAGUAGGCAGGCUGGUCGGCCGCUACUACAGCGACACUGGGCAGCCCACGGAGUACCUGCGUCACGUCGAGGCCACCCUGGCUGAAGGACUGAAGCUCAAAGCUCAAGCUGAGGCUGAGAGCAAACUCUUCCCAUCCUGCAACUCAGAGUGGAGCGCCUCUGCCGGCGGGAGGGUGUGGUGCUCAACCCAGAGUGGUGGGGUGCACAGGAACUGGGUGGGUGUACCCCGGAUGCUCUUCUCUCCUGGCUCCGCAAGCUCUCGCUGCGUGUGCGUGCAGAGCAGUGACCCCCUGAAGUUGGACAACCCCAACCUACGCGAGUAUGAAGGCUGCCCCCCACUGGCAGAGUCUUGCACCAUCCAGAGCUCAUGAAAACAGGGCCCACGAAGGCUGCUGCAAGCUGCCAUAUACCCCUCUGGAGGAGGAGGAGGAGGAGGAACUGUGCAACCAGAGACACUCCUCAGCACUGAGACAUUCCAUACACAAGGACAUUUUAUAAAACUAAACUGCUGAAAAUUUAAGGAUCAGAGAUAAAUCUUACGUGUUGUAAAAGUGCUGACCCGUGUUGGCCAUGUACCACUGUGAACUAGUGAAUAAGGCUGUUAUA